AUGUCGAACUUUCUCGACAAGACUAGAGCAACAGCUACGCCGCCUAGGACAAACAACUCGAAAUUGAAACACCCGAAGCCAAACUUCUUCGAGUCCUUGAACAAUCUCAAUCUCGGCGACCAGAGCGCGAUGGAGGAGGACCUAGGAGAGGACAUUGUUGAUCUUAGCCCCUCGACAUCUCCAGAAGGACAUCAUGAGGCUCGCGAAUCUCUAGACGAUGAUGACCAAGCUCAUUGGCGACACGUUGAGAGGAAGGGCAAGAAGGGGAAGAACUGUUCGCACAAUCUUCAGCCUGUGUACCGUCUCGACUCGAGCGGCAACAUGAAGGUGUUUGGCAACGACGUCCAGUUCUCCGAUAGAGGUGCACAUGAUGGGCGCCAGCGCGGCGGCCAACUUUCAAAGAAGACCAGUCGUCGCGCUUCCCCUAGUAAAGAGACAGACAAUGCUUCGAAUCGCACUUACGGCGGUGCGAUCAUCUCCUUUGGCAUCGACGUCGACACACUCAGACCAGGAACCUUCAUCUGGCAUUGGUACACCGGCGUGUGCUACGACCCCAACGCGAAAACUGAUGCAACGAAGAACAUCUAUGUCUUCGACUCCCCCAACGGACUGAGGAUCUCCCAAAAGGGUGGUUACUUCAUGAUCGUCGAGAUCUAUGAGGCCUCGUGGAAUGAGUGUCCAAUGCACACGUACAACGGCGAUGGCCUCAAGGGUAAGAGUCCAGAGCUUAGAAGGGAGCAUGUUGGGGUCAUCCCGUAUCAUGUCGAUGCGAAGCAGUACAAGAAGCAGAACGACCACCCGCCACUAGAGAUCAACAAGAUGAGGGGCACGAGUGUGAAGCUAGACCCGGCGUCGGUCAUCAAGUUCACGACCACCAACAAUUGCAACUUCGACACGAAGAUUGAUGUGAUCGGAAGGGCAUCGGAGGCGUCAGUCAAGCGGUUCAUGGAGCUUAGGCAGAAAUACGGGGUGAAAUAG